CGGCAACGCAGGUCGAGGUCGGUGGAUGCGCUCAUUCUGCGGCAGCGGGGAGGCGGGGGAGGGAGCCAGGCGGCAGCGCAGCAGCAGACGGCUGGCAGGGGCAGCGGCGCAGGGCUGCUGCGGGGCAGGUCGGCCUCGCCUGGGAAGGGCAUUCGGUCCUCCUCCCCCCCGCUGCAACACCCCGCCUGGAGGCCUGCGGGACCCAAGCAGCCCGGUGGCGUGCGCUCCGCGCCCUCCUCCCCCAACUACCGUGAUGCCGCCCGGGCAGCCUCCCUAGCAGCGGAAGCCGAACUGGCUCGCACCCAAGCCGAUGCGGGUACCAGUCCAGAACACGUGCGGGGACUGGGUAACGUAUCCCCCGGCUCCAAAUCCACACCCCUGCCUCACCUCACCUCACCAACCGCCCAUUCGCACCAGCAGCAGCAGCAGCGGCAUUCCGCAGCGUCGCUCGAAGGUCGCCGCUCCUCCUCGCCCACAAUCCUGGGUCGCCGCCAGGGCUGCGUCGCGGCCACAGCCGCAGCGCCCGGCGGGGGGUCCAAGGACCCAGCCCAUCGUACACAUGCACAUGUGCCCCAUGUACGGCAUUCGCUGCAACUUGGACCCAUGGGUCUCUCAGCAACGUUGCCGUACACCGCUCAUGGACAUGCAGCCAUGACGAUGCACACCCACUUAAACCCGCCUUGGUCGGCUGGGGGCAGCGGCAACCUCCGCGCCUCCUCGCCUGCCGCACCUGGCACGUUGCGGGGUAGCGGUGGCUUCCUCAGCAGCAGCAGCAGCACCGGUGCUGCGUUUGCUGCCAAGGAUGCAGCGACCCGCAUGGAAGACCUGCGGCGGCAGGUGGAGGAGUCCGCGCGGGAGACGGCGCGUCUGCGGGGCAUUGCCGAGGCCGCUGCCAUGCCCGUUCCGCAUCGCGGCUUGGGGGCCGAACUCCCGAAUGUUGCCGCCAACGCCGCCGCCGCACCGGACGGCUGGAGCGGGCAGACCCUGCCCCCGUCAUCGUCGUACAUGCAGCAGCAAGCGGCAGCGGCGCAGCAGCCCCCCUGGCACUUGGCUCCUGGACCACCAUACCCACUUCAACACCCACAACACCACCCACAAUACCCCCCGCAGCAGCCGGUGUAUUUGACCUCACAGGGGCCUCCCUGGGCACCCCACGCUGCCGCCGCUACCCAGGCCAGCUACCCCUCCCCACCACCCCAGAACACAGCACCACCCCCCAUGUCGCCCUCACCUCAGCAGCCGGAGGACUGGCUCUUCGGCUCGCGCUCAGCGCCCGGCAGCGCCAUCGCGGAACCCGUCGUGGACCUGACGCUGCGACCCACCUCCUGGAGCUCGGCCAUGCCGGGGGGGCCCAUGGCUAGCCCGCUGCCGCAGCCGCAGCUGCCGCCGCCCUCGCUGCAGCCGCAUCGGAGCUCGUGGCCGGGCCCCGCGGGAGCAGCUGCCGCAGCCGCAGCCACUGCGGGGGGCCCGUUUGGCUAUAAUCUAGAUGCGGGAGGGGGUGGUGUUGUGGGUGCGGAUGCGGGUGGUGUAGCUGGUCGAGGGAUGGCGCCUUGGCAGCAGCAAGCCCAGCAGCAACAAUGGCAGCAGCAGCAGCAGCACUCGCCCUCCCUGGAUGGCACUGGAGUGCAUCUGGAGCCCUCCUUCGCCCUGCAAGCCCAACAGCAGCAGCAGCCGCUGGUAGCGGCAACAGCAGCAGCAGCCGCGUCGCAGCCCCCACGUAUGAUGCAGCUUCGACUGCAGCCCCCGCCCGCUCCGAAACCUCGGGCCGGUGAACAUUGGCCACCACAGGAGCCACCUCUGGAUGAGCUACACCCACAAUCGCAGUCGCAGCAACAGCAGCAGCAGCGGCAAGGGGAUUUGGAGCAGCAGCCAGGGCCCGCGUCCUUCCCCGCAGGUGCAUGGCCCUACCAUGCGCCCGCUGGCCUCCCGCAACAACAGCAACAGCAGCCGUCCAUGCACGAUGCAGUAAUGCUGCCGCUCCCGCCGCAGCCGGUAUCCCCACAUUUGUCCACGUCGGGCGUUGUGGACGAAGUAACGCUGGAUGACUUUAGCGCCAUGCGCGCUAGUCUGGAUGUGAACGCAUCCGACAGCGGGCAGCAGAUGUCGGUGCCUGGGACGCCCAGCCAUGCGCGCAGCAUGGUCAGCGUGGAUGGAACCGCAUCUCCCUACCCCGGUACGACCUACGGCGUCGCACGGCCGUACACCGCAGCCUCCUCCUCCGUCGCCACCCCCGGCUUCACUCUGCACGGCCCUCCCGGCACGACCGCACGUACCGGCACCCCCGGCAGCACCGCCCAGCUCGCCGCUGCCACCACUCCCGGCACCACCACCGUUAGCGUGGUAGAUCAUGCGGCGGGGGGCAGCACGGCUCGUGUGGAGGUGGCGGAGAUGGUGACGGAGGACAGCGAGGGCUUCAAGGACCAACAUAUCCACCUGCACAUCCAUACGGCACCCAUGCAGGCCGCGGACAACACAGGGCCGGACGCCCCUACUCCUCAGCUCUUCUUCCGCACCUCCUCCGUGGCCGGGGCCGCCGGCAUUACCCAUGACGGCGCUACCCCCGCUCGAGCUCUGGACUUGCUUGCCCCGCCCGGCUCACCCCUGCAUGAGGGCCUUGCGUCCGGCCGCCUGGUGUACGAAAAGAUCGAGCGGAUCAAGCCCGUCGGUACGGCGUUUGGAUCCAGCAUGGGACGAGACGCCGGCGGAGCCGUAUCCGAGGAUGAGGGCCGCAGCCGGAGGUCUGGCAGGAGGCGGGUCGGCACACCCGGAGGGUCGUGGCAUGGCGGCGGCUGGCGGGACGAGCAGCCGGGGUUUGGCUACGAGGAGCGAGGUGGAGGCGGUGGUGGAGGCGAGGCGGGCGGGAAUGGAUGGGAGGGCAGCACGGAUGGGGAGGACGCGAGCGGACAGCAGUCGCGGAAUGGAGAGCAGGGACCCGCGGACGUUCCACCAGAGGUUCGAGAGCAGUACGACCUGCUCCGGCAGCAGCUGUCGCAGCAAGCCGCCGUGAGCGCCGACCUCACCGCGCAGCUGCAGCGACUGCAGGGCCGGCUGGUUGCCGACGGCAACACCGCCAGGCAGCAGCAACUACAGCAGCAGCAGAGGCAACAGCAGCAGCCCUCAGUGCCAACCCAAUCAGAUGGACAAAAACAGCUGCAGCAGCAGCAGUCACAGCAACGGCAGCAGCGAGGGCAGCAGCAGCAGGUACAGCGGGAACAGCAACAAGGAGAGGCGGAGGUUGCCGGUACUGCUACCAUCAUGAGGUCCGUGAGGGAGGGCGACGAUGCGGCCAAGCGGCUGAGAUCUCCACCACCCACACCGCCGUACUUGCGACAGAUCAAGGAGCAGCUGCAGGCUCAGGAGCUCCGAAACCGCGAUCUCCAGCGGGAGGUGGAGCAGCUGGGCCACCGGCUGUUGGGCGGGGUAGGAGGGGUGAGCGGGGCCACUGCUGCUGCCGCUGAUGGGCUCGUGCAGCAGCAACCGGAGUUGGCUGCCGCCCUGGCGGACCUGGAGAAUGCCAUGGGUGCGCUGCCGCUGGGCGCCCUCCGGGAGCAGAAGCGGCUGCUGGAGCAGCAGUUGAGUGACAUGGCGCUGGAGAAGGAGGCGGUGGAGCGGGCGCUGCAGCAGGAGCAGGCGGAGGUGCGGCUGCUGCAACAGGAGCUGGGGGUGGUGGGGCAGGCGGCAGAUGCGCUGGAGGAGUCGCAGGCGCAGCUGCAGGAAACCCGGCUAGCCGUGGCACACCAGCAGCAGGAGCUGCGGGAACUGCAGGACCUGCUGCAGCAGCGGGAGCAGCAGCUAAGGGAGAAGGAGCAGCUAGCGCAACAGCUCGCGGAGCAGGACAGGGAACUCCAGGAGGUGAGGGCGCAGCUACAGGAACGAGAGGAGCGGCUGCAAGCACAGGACAAGGAGGCGCAGGGUCUCAGGGAGCAGCUGCGAGACCGCGACAGGCAGCUGUCAGAGGCCGCGGUGCAGCUGCAGGAAGGAGAGCAGCGGUUACAGGCGGUUGAGGGGCUGUUGAAGGAGCGGGAGGGAGAGGUGAGGGAGCGGGAGGCGCGGCUGCAGGAGCGGGAGGAGGUGUUGAAGCAGCAGGGCAAGCACCUGCAGAGUUUGGAGGAGCAGCUUCGGGAGCAGGACCGCUGGCUUCAGGAGCGGGAGGAGCAGAUGGGGGAGCUGAGGCAGCAGUUGCGGGAGCGGGAGAAGCAGAUGGGAGAGGCGCGGCAGCAGGCGGAGGAGGCGGAGCAGCAGCUGGCGGAAUGCAGGCAGCGGGAGGUGGUGCUGGAGACGCAACUGGUGUCGGAAAAGGACAAGGCCGCCGCCGAGGUCGCCAUCCUCGCCAGCCGCCACGAGAAGCAGCUGGAGGAGGCACGCAUGGCCGCAGCAGCCGAACUUAAGGAGCAGGCGCAGGCAGCAGCCUCCGCCAAUGCGCAGGCCGCACGCGCCAUCUCCGAAUCCGCACUGCGUGCCAGCUACUGCGCACAGCUGGAGGCGCUGCUAAACGAGCGCGCCGGCCAGCCUGACGCCCUCCGUGCCGAGCAUGCAGUCCAAGUUGAAACGCUGCGCAGCAGCUACUCCUGCCAGCUGACGGACCUUCGAACCGAGCAUGCUGUGCAGAUGGAGGCACUUCGCGCACAGCACGCAACGCAGCUGGAAACGCUGUUGAAUGACCGUGCGGUACAGCCCGAGAACAUACGGUCCGAGCAUGCGGUUCAGGUGGAGACGUUGCGGUCCAGCCAUGCAUCCCAGCUGGCUGCCCUGCGGACCGAGCAUGCAGGCCAGAUGGAGAAGCUCCGAGCGGAGCACGCGACUCAGCUGGAUGCGCUACUCAACGACCGGGCCAAGCUGCCGGAAGUCCUCCGAGCGGAACACGCGUCCCAGGUCGAGGCCUUGCGCAACGAGCAUUCCAGCCAAUGCGAGACGCUGCGCUCCAGCCACGCCGUCCAAUUCGCCAGCCUUCGUUCGGAACACGCCUCCCAAAUGGACGCCCUCCGGGCCGAACACGACGCGCAGAUCGAGGCGCUACGUGCCAGCCAUGCAGCCGCCCUGGUGGAGCAGGAGGCGCGCAGGGCCGCUGCCGCCGCUGCGGCGCACCAGCAGCAGCUCGCAGCUGCCGCGGCGGCCCAGGAGCAGCAGCUGGCGGCCUUGCAGGCGGAACAUGAGGCGCGCAUGCAGCAGCUGACCGUGCACCACCAGUUGCAGCUGCAGCGGCAGGAGGCGGAGCACCGGGCGUUGCUGGCGGCGCUGACGGAGGGGCAGCAGGCGCAGGCGGAGCACCAUCUGAGCCGCAUGGAGGAGCUGCGGGCCCGACAUCGGCAGCAGUUGCAGGAGCUGACGGAGCAGGGGCAGCAGGAGUUGGCGGAGGCGCGGCGGGAGGGUGCGGAGCGGUUGGCGGCGGUUGAACGGGCGGCGGAGGAGGCGGCGGCGGCGCAUGAGGCCGUGGUGGCGGCGUUGCGGAGCAGACUGCGGGCGGCGGAGGCGGAGGCGGAAGCGGUGGAGGCGCAGGAGGUGGUGGUGGCGGCGUUGCGGGAUCGCUUGCGGGCGUUGGAGGUG